ACCAAAUCAUCACAGCGUCAUUCAACAUCCUCGAACGCCUUCCACAAAAUGACCAUCGCUCUCCUGAUCAUCGGCGCCACCGGCAAACAAGGUGGUGCCGUAGUCGACGGGCUACUCGCCGAGGACGCAGAUGUGGAGAUCCUCGCCGUCACCCGGAAUGCCCAAUCCCCAUCGGCCCAGAAACUGGCCCAGAAGUCGGACAAGGUUAAGCUGGUUCAGGGCGAUCUCAACAAUCCUGCCGGGAUCUUUGAAAAUGCCAAGAAAGCCUCAUCCUUACCGGUUUGGGGUGUCUUUAGUCUUCAGAGUCCCUUCACCAAGGGCGAGAGUCUCGAAAGCGAAGAACGCCAAGGCAAGGCCCUGAUCGAUGAGGCUAUCAAACAGCGUGUGCAACACUUCGUCCAAACGUCUGUGGACCGCGGUGGCGAUGCAUCGACCGAUAACCCCACCAACGUGCCCCAUUUCGUGACGAAGCACAAUAUCGAACAGCACCUCUUCGAGAAAACCAAAGACGGUUCUAUGGAUUGGACCGUCCUGCGACCCGUGUUCUUUUUCGACAACCUUACACCAGACUUUAUCGGCAAAGUGUCCUUCACAGCCUGGGACGCAUAUCUACAGGGAAAGCCGCUCCAGUGCAUCGCGACUAGCGAUAUCGGCAUCAUUGCGGCGAAGGUCCUCUUGCAGCACGACCGAUUCAAGAACCAGUGUCUCUCCCUGGCAGGCGAUGAGCUUACCUUCGAGCAGAUGGCGAAGAAGUUCAAGACCCAAACGGGGCAAAGUGUGCCAACUACGUUCCGUUUCGUGGCCUAUUUUAUUAUGCUGAUGGCCAAGGAUUUGAAGCUUAUGUUUAAAUGGUUCCAUAAUCAUGGUUAUGGUGCGGAUAUCAAGCAGGUCAAACAGAUCCAUCCGGGAUUGAAGGAUUUUGAUACCUGGUUGAGGGACGAAAGCCAAUUUCUCAAGCAUUGA